AUGCCGAACCAAAUCCGCGACAUCGCGACCGUCGACCAUGACAGCUUUCCCUACGUCUUCGAAAAGAAUGUCACGAUCCCCUUGAAGAGCAGUUCCGGGGUGGUGAGGGCCAAUGUGUACCGGCCCAAGGACUCGUCCAGUAGCCCCGUGCCAGUUCUGGUGACCUAUGGGCCUUACGGCAAGGACAUUUACUACGGCGAUUUCCACGCCCAAUCAUUCUCCGAGGUCAACCCGGAACAGAAGUCGGCGCAUUCGGCAUGGGAGACACCGGAUCCCGGCUACUGGACGUCGGUCGGGUAUGCGGUGUUGCGAGUGGACGAACGGGGCCUGGGCCAGUCGCCGGGCCUGCUGGACACCAUGUCCAAGUCGACGAGCGAGGCGUUCUUCGACGCGGUGGAAUGGGCGGCCUCCCAGUCCUGGUCGUCCGGCAAGGUCGGGCUCCUGGGCAUCUCGUACUACGCCGGCAGCCAGUGGAGGGUGGCGGCGCUGCAGCCCAAGGGUCUGAGCGCGAUCAUCCCCUGGGAAGGCAUGUCGGACUAUUACCGCGACCGGUGCCGGCACGGCGGGAUCCUGUCGGACGCGUUCAUCCGCUUCUGGUGGAACCGCCAGGUGGUCACGAACCAGUACGGGAGGCCGGAUCGGGCGCAACGCAAGUGGGGAGAAAACACGAUCGAAGGGGACCUAGACGACGAGGAACUCGCGGCGAACCGCAACGACCAGAACGUCGACAACGCCCGCAACUUCUUCCGCGACGACGACUACUAUGCCUCCAAGGAGUACAAUCUGGACGACGUCAAGGUGCCGCUGCUGUCGGUGGCCAACUGGGGCGGGAUCCUGCUGCACCUGCGCGGCAACGUGCUGGGCUACACCUAUGCCGGCUCGCGGCUGAAGUACCUCCGCUUCAUCACCGGCCGCCACGACCUGCCCUUCUACUACCCGGAGGAGGUGGCGCUGCAGAAGAGUUUCCUGGAUGCAUUCCUCAAGGGCGACGACCGUGACGGCUGGUCCACGGGCACGGCGCCCAAAGUCAGCGUCGUGCUGCGCAAGGGCAACGUCGGCUUCAACGACGCCGCCGCCGAACGCACCUACAGCCGCCGCGACGAGGCCGAAUGGCCCAUCGCCCGCACCCAAUACGUCCCGUACCAUCUGACGCCCGACAAGCAGCUGACCACGGAGAAGCCCAGUCUGAGCCACACCUCCAAGCUGUCGUACCAUGCGUUGGGCACGCUCGAGAAGCCCGAGCUGGUGCAGUUCUCCACCGCGCCGUUCAAAGAGCCCACCGAGAUCACCGGCCACAUCGUCGCCAGACUGAGCGUCUCGAUGAAUCCGUAUAUCGGCAGCGACAGCUCUGCCUUGACCAAGGACAUCGACCUGUUCUUGACCCUGCGCCACUUCACCGCCGACGGAGACGAAGUCUUCUACACGGGCACCGCUGGCGAUCCAGUUCCUCUGUGCAAGGGCUGGUUGAGAGUGAGUCUGCGCAAGGUCAACCCCGCGCACCGACGACACAAGCCCUAUCUCCCACACCGAGACUAUUUCAAGUGCGACGUCUUGCCUGUCUUGCCCGGCGAGGUCUACCCGGUCGACGUCGAGAUUUGGCCCACUAACGUCGUCGUGGACGAAGGAAGCCGACUGGUGCUUGAAGUCGCGUCCGGAGACACUCAGGGCUCCGGCAUCUUCACCCACGGAGGAGAAAAUGACAGGACCAAGCAGCGCUUGGCGGGCAUGAACCAUAUCAAUUUCGGACCCGUCUACGACAACUAUGUCACCCUACCCGUGAUCCCGCCCAAAUGA